GGUCUUUGUACACGGGCGACGCGUAUUGCGGGCGGCGGUUCUGUCAUCCGCGAAAGGGUUGCAUUUAUUCUCGUAUUUUGGUAUAUUUUCCGUGUGCAAUGGCUGACACAGUUGUUGAUAACAGUAAUGGGGGUGGCUAUUUCAUGCGAGGAGGAUUCCGCGGUCGCGGAGGUAGAGGACGUGGGGCUGUUCGCGGCGGCGAGUUCCGGGGAGGUCGUGGAGGCGGCGGAGACCAUAGAGGCGGCCGUGGAGGUGGUGGAGAUUUCCGUGGCGGCCGAGGAGGCGGCGAAUACAGAGGCCGUGGCGGAUUCCGUGGAGGAAGGGGAGGAAUGGGCAUGCGGAAUCCAGAGGAACGCCUCAUGGAGAAACUUCAGGCAGUUGCUGGGCCUACAUAUGAUCUGCCAGUAGCUGAUCAAAAGGAGAAAAAGAAGUUUACAAACAAGUGCCGUUUGUUUGUGGGGAACCUGACUGAUGAAACAACCAUGGAGGAAUUCCAAGAGAUGUUCAAAGUGUUUGGUGAAAUCGCCGAACCGUACCUGAAUCUGGAGAAGGCAUUUGGCUUUAUAAAACUGGACUACAGGGAGAACGCCGAGAAGGCGCGCCAGGCGCUGAACGGCACGAUGCGUAAUGGCCGCCUGCUGAAGGUGCGCUUCUCCUCGAUGGGCUCCAGUCUCAAGGUGAAGCGGCUCUCGCCUUGGGUCAGCAACGAGCUGCUCGAGCUGGCCUUCUCCGUCUUCGGUGAGCUGGAGCGUGCCGUCGUUAUCGUGGAUGAGCGCGGAAAGUCGACUGGCGAGGGCAUUGUAGAGUUCGCCAAGAAGCCCUGUGCGCUGGCUUGUCUGAAGAAGUGCACAGAAAGCAGCUUCUUCAUCACUGAGGGCCUAUGUCCGGUUGAAGUUGAAACCCUGCAAGAAGAUGACGAGGAGGAGGGACUGUGCGAGAAAGUCCUACCAAAGAAACACCAGGAGUACAGACGUGAACGCUCGACGGGACCGCGCUUCUCCGUGCCGGGCAGCUUCGAGAGUGAGUACGGAAGCCGUUGGAAGCAGCUCUACGACAUGGAGAAGCAGCGGCGCUCCCAGCUGGAGAAGGAGAUCAAGAUGGAGAUGGACAAGCUGCGCGACCAGAUGGAGUUCGCGCGCCGUGAGCACGAGACGGAGAUGUUGCGCGAGCAGCUGCGUCGCCGCGAGAUGGAGCAGGAGCGCUCCAAGGGUGACUGGGACGUGCGUCAGCAGCAGCGCGAGGAGGAGCGCCGCCGUCUGGAGGAGGACAUGCAGCGCCGCCAGGAUGCCAUGCAGACGCGCAUGCGCCAGUCGGAGGACGAUAUGAAGCGACGCCAGCAGGAGAACCAGCUGUUCAUGCAGGCGAGCGAGCUGAGCAGCCUGCUCGACCAGCAGGAGCAGGUCAUGUGGGGCGACCAGGCGGUGGGCGCCGGGCCGCCGGGCGAGCAGGACGCCGGCUUUGGCGGCCGGCCCGGCUGGGGCGUGCCUCCGCCCGGCAGCUUCGACGGACACGGUGGCGGCAUGGGACGCGGCGGUCGGGGCGGCGCCCAGGGCGCCGGUAUGGAGCAGGGCUAUGGCCGCGGUCGCGGGGGCGCCCCGGGCGGCUUCCGCGGCGGCCGAGGCGGCGUCCGCGGCGGCUUCCGGGGCGUCCCGCGCGGGGGCCACGGAAGGGAUGCCGAAGGCGACGACUUUCCCAACAAGCGCCCGCGAAUGUUCUGAGCGGCGGCCACCGGAGAGCCGUCGGCGGCGCGGGCUGGGCUAGCGGCACUGAGCACGCCCCAGCCCCCAGCCACAGCCGGCCAAAUAGACUCGGCGGCGCACGCCGCGCCACGCGCCCAUCUGAAGAAAGCCGAUGAACUCCGUGUGAUUUAGUGUUCUGUUCAGUGUCGUUCCAGUAGACCCGGACUCGGACACAGUUUUACAUGUUCUCCGUGACAGUGUGAAGUUAGUUCAUAAUGGUCGGAGGCUAGGAAGUAACCUUGCGCCUCUUGUGUACGGCAUGUAUCUGCAUUAAGUCACGAUGAACCGCAUCCAUUGCAAGUGGUUCUCCAUCAUCACUAAGGAAAAGAGAACACCACGGGCAUGGUAGGCGAGAUGCGCUUCACCUAAACAUGAUGUCCUACUCUGGGCAUGUAGUACCUCAAGUUGAAGGCAUUGAUCAAACUUCAUUGGUUUUUCUAGACCUUUACUAGUACCUUCGGUGUCGAUAACGUGUUUGGAGCGUCACGCUGAAUAAACCGAGCCAUCCCGAUAUCGGCUGAUGCCAGUCCGUCGUUGAUGGUGAGAAGUGGCUUCA